AAGAGAAGCAGAUUUUUGCAGCUUCCUAAGUGUGAGAAAUAAGAGCGUGUGCACAAUUGCUUUCUUGUCUGGCCAAGAUCACACCCAGCCUUGAGUGUGUGUGUGAAGUAAAGACAGCUCACUCUGCCUGUUUGGCAAAAGCGACACCUUUUCUGCAUGAAUUAGAGGAAGCGAUUGGUGGACAGCACACACACCCUGAGCCACAGAAACCCACGGAUGGAGUUCUGAUGGGUCACUGGAGAAAACUCACGAGAGUCAACCCACUCCUAGCUGUGUGUGCAAGGCCCAAGUAUGGAGAAAUGAAGGAUGGCGCCUGGCUGUGACACAAUUAUCUAAUGAGUCACUGCUUCGUGCUGCCAGGUGCCCAGCACCCCGGGAGGCCUGGACCCCGGAUCUGAUUCUGCAGGUGGAGUCAGCAUGAACGGGGACCGAAGGAUGGAUGAGAAUGGUAUUGAGCCCUCUGGUGCUGACAGCUCGCCAGCCAUCAGGGACAAUCUCUCACUUGCAGAUCCUGGAAAUACUGAGCCCACAGAGAACACGGUGAUUUCUACUGAUUCCAGACAAGACAUCUUGCAUAUGGCUUCCAGCGACCUGGACUGCAAAUCAGUCUGUGAGGAAGAGGAGGGAGGCAAAUCUAUGCCCACCAUGGCUAGUGAGUACUGCAGGGGCAGAGUGCAGUCAUUCCCAGACACGAGGCCAGCUGAUCCUCUGUCCCUGGGCCAUGGUCUGCACUGCUGCCCCCUUUUCCCUGUCCUGUCCCCCUUGGUUAUUUUGUUCCCUUUGAUGGCAGGCCCCAAUCCUGCUGAGAAGCCAGCGGGCCAGGAGACAGAGACAAAGACCGAAGCUGUGCCCCCCUUGGACACCCAAGAGGAACCCCCCACAGUAGAAGAGCAUGGAAAAGAAGGUGCUACAGGAGACACCAAGGUUUCAUCUGCGCCUGUAACCACGGUGAAAUCGGUUAACUUUAGGCAAAGUGACAACCCUUCUGCUAAUGAGAAGGAGGUAGAGGCAGAAUUUCUUCGAUUAUCGCUGGGAUUUAAGUGUGACUGGUUUACCCUGGAGAAAAGGAUGAAGCUCGAAGAGCGAUCAAGGGACCUGGCAGAGGAAAAUCUGAAGAAGGAAAUCUUGCACUGCUUGAAGCUCAUCGAGUCUCUAAUACCUCUGUGUGAAGAAGACAACCAGGCUCAAGAAAUCAUCAAGAAACUGGAGAAGAGCAUAGCAUUUCUCAGCCAGUGUGCCACACGGGCAGCCGGUAGAGCUGAGAUGUUGGGAGCCAUUAAUCAGGAAAGCCGGGUCAGCAAAGCUGUUGAAGUCAUGAUUCAGCAUGUGGAAAACUUGAAGAGAAUGUAUGCCAAGGAGCAUGCUGAGUUGGAAGAGCUCAAGCUGGUUCUCACGCAGAAUGAAAGGCCCUUGAACUCUCUGGAAGAUGAUGAUGACUGCCAGAUUAAAAAACGCUCCGCGUCUCUAAACUCGAAGCCAUCUUCUCUCCGAAGAGGGACUAUUGCUUCUUUACCCAGAAACCUUGGCAGUGCAGGCAUGGUGGCUGGGCUGGAUAGUUAUGACCGAUUCAGCAGAAGAGCCAGCAGUUGGCGUGUGCUGGGGUCCAAGCAGAGUGAACACCGUCCGUCAUUGCAUCGGUUUAUUAGCACCUACUCCUGGGCCGAUGCCGAGGAGGAAAGACAUGAGCUGAAAACUCAAGAUGACUCAGAGCCUCCUGGAGAAGAAACAGUGGAAAGGACAAGGAAGCCCAGCCUUUCUGAGAAGAAAAAUACUCCAUCAAAGUGGGACAUGUCAUCCUUCUCGGCCCCCGUGGCCUCGUGGGCCGCCCACAUCAGGACUGCCGUGGGCAAAGGCAACAAGGCGCUCUGGCUCUCGGGGACCUUCCUGGUGCUGUCUGCGGCUCUGAUGAGCUUCCUGGCGGGCUGGUUUCUCCAGGGGCCAGUGGAGGCUGCUCCCACCCAGGGAGGGGACCCUUGGGGGUCCCUAGAACACAUCCUGUGGCCGCUGGCCAGACUCCAGCCCCGCGGGCCCCCGCCGGUGUGACCG